AUGCCCAAUGCCUCCGGUCCCGGGACCCCACCUUCAACAGCACCAACGACUCCUACCUCUCCCACCGGCACAAAUGAUUUUAUCGACUGCGAAAAGGGCAGCGUUGAUGAAGAAAAAGAUGAAGAAGAAGUCGUUGAAGAGUUGAAUGAGAAGGAUUCCCCAAAUAUACCGUCAAAGCACCGAGCGGAAGAUGGACGGCCCAAACUCGUUCAGCGGAUCGACGAUCAUCCCUGCGGCUACCCCCAACUCGCUGCGUUCGUCAACAGCGAUGAAAAUUUCCUGAUAGCUAGAAAGUACGGUUUCCUCCGAAGCAGGGUACUCUUAUACCGUCAAGACGAACUCUCCGUUCUGGAAAGGGAUCUCAUCAAACUAGACGCCGAUGAUGAAAAAAAUAGAGGAUUUGCGCUGACGUCGAGAAAACGCGAUGAAGAAACUGAUAACGACCCCAUUUAUUCACGCAAAGUAUUAAUUCAAAAGAUUGACGACAAGCUCAAGGAAUAUGAUGGGCUCGUGAGCAGAAUCAAGACAUACCUGUCUCUCAGAGCCCCAACGUCACGAAAUGCCAAAACGUUCAUCGACUGGAUCGAAGAUCAUAAGCCUCUCUCGCCAGAGGAGUCGACAUUUAUUCAGCACAAGGAUGAUUUUGUAGCUCUCUCCGAUGGUCAAGAAUGCGGCUGGCUCGAUGGUAUGGUCGAGGACGGCCUCAGUUGGUGUCUUCCCGUCAAAUUGAUGAAGAAGUUCUUCACAUCCGAAGAGCAGACCAAAAAAACCGACGAUGAUCAUCUUCACCUAUACAGUAGACGCCGCAUCGAUAUAGUAGUACGCCUUGUUCUUGUCCUGACCACUGUCGGUUUACUAGUGGGACCAUCCGCGGUUUUGUACUUUGUCAACGGACAGAGUGCAUUAAAGAUCUGUCUUAUAAUGGUGUUCACACUGCUCUUUGCUGCGGCGCUCAGUGUGUGCACAAAGGCGAAGAGGCACGAGAUGUUAGCUGCUACUGCGACCUAUGCUGCUGUCCUCGUGGUUUUCCUCGGGAAUUUCAACUCAAGUACUUUGACGAGCUGA